AUGACAAAGACUAAACAGCUACUUCGUGAGAAAGUGUGGUUUCCCAACAUGGACACACUCGUCGACAACACGGUUCGCGACUACCUCUCAUGUCAGUUGACAACACCGAAUGACACUCGAACACCACUCACUAUGUCUACACUCACAGACGGCCCAUGGCUCGAAGUCAGCAUCGAUUUCUGUGAUCUUCCCACAGGAGAACAUCUCCUCGUAGUCAUGGACGAUUACAGUCGUUUUCCCGAAGUUGAAAUCGUGACUUCCACUUCCGCCCGUUCGGUAAUUCCCAAACUGGAUCGUAUCUUGGCCACGUUCGGCAUUCCAAAGGUGGUACGCUCUGACAACUGGCCACCCUUCAACAGCACCGAGUUUUCAUCCUUCGCAGACUACCUCGGGUUCCACCAUCGGAAAGUCACCCAACGUUGGCCCCGUGCCAAUGGGGAGGUGGAACGGUUCAUGAAAACAAUCAAAAAGACAUAUCGCACUGCAAUCACAGACAGAAUACCGUGGAAACAAGCUCUCUAUAAGUUCCUGCGAAAUUACCGAGCGACGCCGCAUGCUACGACAGGAGUUGCACCUGCAACGCUACUCUUUGGCAGGCCUCUUCGCACACGUCUCCCUGAAACCGUGCACAAAUCGCGAGCCAAACCUGUCAGAUUGCGUGACAAAUGCAAGAAAGCCGAGAUGAAACAAUACGCUGACAACAGAGAGCAUGCACGUCCCAAGAACAUUGAAAUCGGUGAUACAGUCCUUCUACGACGCGAUGGACUAGUCGCAAAACACCAAACCCCAUACCAUACUCACCCCUACACUGUGACUGCCAAAAAAGGAUCCAUGGUAACAGCUCAGCGUGGCACUCACACAGUCACACGCAACAUCUCGCGAAACAAACACAUCCAGACCAAGACACCAACCCAGCAGGAUCCUGAGGAAUCCGACAUCGAGGACAUGACAAAUCCGACACACACUCCCACUCGAGCACCAGCACCGCGCCAGAACCCUGCUCGAAAUCGCCACCCACCUACUCACCUAUGGCAAAAUUUGGAAAGUAGGCAUAGUUCUAUCCAAAGAUCGUAUAGCGCAAAGAUAGAUAACUCUGUUCAAAAGGUGUAA